CGUGCGUUCGGUGGCUCACAGGGGAAGAUGGCGGCUGCUCCUUUGGAGGAGCGGGAUUGAGAGGAUCGGGGUGGGGAGACCAAACAGGAGAGACAUUCCUGGCUCUGAAGGCGAACGCUUCACUGGCCGUUAGGAGCUCUGCUCAAAGCCAGACGUAUCCUAGAAGGAAAACAUCACCAUGGCUACAGAAAUUGGUUCUCCUCCUCGUUUUUUCCAUAUGCCAAGGUUCCAGCACCAGGCACCUCGACAGCUGUUUUAUAAGCGACCUGAUUUUGCACAACAGCAAGCAAUGCAACAGCUUACUUUUGAUGGAAAACGAAUGAGAAAAGCUGUGAACCGAAAAACCAUAGACUACAAUCCAUCUGUAAUUAAGUAUUUGGAGAACAGAAUAUGGCAAAGAGACCAGAGAGAUAUGCGGGCAAUUCAGCCUGAUGCAGGUUAUUACAAUGAUCUGGUCCCACCUAUAGGAAUGUUGAAUAAUCCUAUGAAUGCAGUAACAACAAAAUUUGUUCGGACAUCAACAAAUAAAGUAAAGUGUCCUGUAUUUGUUGUUAGGUGGACUCCAGAAGGAAGACGCUUGGUCACUGGAGCUUCUAGUGGGGAGUUUACCUUGUGGAAUGGACUCACUUUCAAUUUUGAAACAAUAUUACAGGCUCACGACAGCCCAGUGAGGGCCAUGACGUGGUCACAUAAUGACAUGUGGAUGUUGACAGCAGACCACGGAGGAUAUGUGAAAUAUUGGCAGUCGAACAUGAACAACGUCAAGAUGUUCCAGGCACAUAAGGAGGCGAUUAGAGAGGCCAGUUUCUCACCCACGGAUAAUAAAUUUGCUACAUGCUCUGAUGACGGCACUGUUAGAAUCUGGGACUUUCUUCGUUGCCAUGAGGAAAGAAUUCUCCGAGUAUGUUGGUUGAAGAUGAGAAGUACGGAUCAGACACUGGGAACUUCGUGGUCCCAUGUAUUCCAACAUCACACUGGUCCCAAAGAGCACAGAGGCAGCAAUGCUGCUGCAGAUAUCUGAUUAACCAGAAUUCUCUCUGGGAAGGAUCGAGAGCACAGUUAUGUGAUUUUUGUAUGCUUGACUGGGUUGAACCAAUAAACUCUGGGUCGUACAUUUACACAAAUGUGUUCUUCAGAAUACAACAACUAUGCCACUGAAGCCCACUCUCAGUAUGCAUUUUAAAGAAGUAUUUCCACUAGUUAAAACGGAUUUACUUUGAUCCUUCUAUAUCUGCUCCUGUGAUCAGGAAGAUGAUAAGUACAAAGGCAAGCUGACUGCAUAACAAUAACUGAUGUAUAUGGGGAUCUCGCAACCUGGCUUCGUUAGCAGUACCAUUCUCUAACCAAUCAAGCCGAAGACCAAAUGCAACACUGAGAUGCAUUUUUUUCAUCAGUCAUGCAUGAUGAAAGGUAUAUUCUAUGAAUUGCAUGGAAGUAAGAAUUGGAGACAGUUUUAAGGUGGAUUCACACCUACACAAUAUGCCAUAUGGAAGGCUGAGAUCUGUGGUGGAAGAGUACUGGGGGAAUGGAAGGGUGGAAAGGUAAGAAAAGAAUUGGGUGGGAUUAAGAGUUGUUUUUCUUGAGAACUUCGGCCUUUUACAAAGGUAAUAAACAUUCAUAAAAGGUUCAAUUAGAAGUAAAAAGUCAAUGUCUUUCCCCUCUUAUUUCCCAAUUUCACAUCCAGAGGUAAGCACUGUUCUGUUAAAGUUUGGUGUAUAUCUUUUUAGAACUCCUAUACAUAUACAAAAAGAUACUUUUAAAAAUCACUACAUGAAAGGAGAUUAUACUACAUAUAUUCUUUUGCUAUUUGCUUUUCUCACUACACUGUAUAUUAAGGUCAUUUUUCUGUAUCAUUACUACCCCAGUCUUUUUGACUGCAUGUAUCUACUGUAAUUUAUUUAACUAUUCCUCACUGAUAGGCCUUUGGGAUUUGCAAGAAGUUUUUGCCAAGACACAGUUGUGCACUAAGCUUCCUAAUACCUUUAUAUUUGUGUCACUUAUGUAAAUUUUCCAUUAGAGUAGACUCCUAAGAAUAAACUCAAUGGAGCAAAGGGUAUGAACAUUUAAACUUUUGGAAGAUGAGUUGUCUUCACUGUCCAGGAAGUCACUAACGAUGAAGUUUAAGAAAGUUCUUGUCAUCUAGCCAAACUGAAAAUAACACGGGAUUAACAUUUUAGGAAAUUGUCACCACCUAAAUAUUUAACCUUAUUUUUAAACAUUACUAAUAAUAAGCACACAUGGUAAAAAGUCUUUCCUCCAGCCCCAUAGAGGGAUGGAAUAUGAAAUUUAAAAAUCUGCCAAUCCUUUACCUCUCCCCAGAGGUAGUUUCUUAAAACUAAUUGUUUCUAUUGCGGUCAUCAGAAUUUCACAUAAUAUGUAUUUUGGUAUAUCUGUCUGACGUAGUGUCUCUUUCUGUCAUCAAAGGUGAGGAAUUGAGUGUUAUUCACACCACCAACCAUGCCUCCUACCUCCUCGUUUUUGUCAUAAUGAACUAUAGUUUCAGUGGUUUCCUUUAUAGCUUUAAAUGUUCUUAAACCUUUAUUUUUAAGGGGACUACCAACUUUAGCCAAUAUUCCUUGGCUCACCACUAGGUUACAAAAGGAAAUCUGUGCCUCUCAAUGUGUUUCCACUUCUGCCGUUUGUCUUCCUUUACUUCUGAAUUGUCAAGGAUUUUAAGCCAAUUUUAUUCUGUUCUUGAAUUACGGCUACUUUUGUUUUCUUCAUAUUUUAAAAUUCUAAACAAUGAGAACAAAAAAGAUAGCAUUUCUGCUAUGAAUGAUACUAUUGAUAACAGAACCAAGCAGUAUAAUAGGGCCUUGCAGAAAGAGUGAUAACCUUGUGGUAAUUAACGAAAAGUUGUUCUGCUUGGACAGUGUCAAGAUCAAGUAUGCUGCUUUUGUAUUAAGUCUGUCAUGCUGUCAACUGUUGAAAAUAAUGCCAUAGUUUAAUUCACUUUUAUCUUGCAAUUUCUUAUUUCCUGUUUUUAAAAAUUAAUGUCACUAAAACCUUUAUCAUAGCAAAUUUUUAGGUUUUUAAUUUUUCAAUUUGAGUAAAUGGUUUUGUUUUUGAAGGCAUUAAGUCCACUCUUUAAAUUUUUUCCCAGUUCAGUUGAAAAUCCUCAAACAUUUUUCUCAGAAAUAGCGCUUAGGAGGUAAAUCAAAAUUAUUGAGUCUGGAAAGGUAUUUAAUUACCAUCAUACUUGACUCAUAGUUUGGGGUUUGAAAUCCUUUGCCCUCUGAAUUUUUACGUCCUUCAUUAUCUUCCAUCAGUUUUAUUGAUAAGUCAAAUAUAAUCCUGAGUCUCAUUAUUUUAUAUAUAUCUUGACUUUCCUCUCUGAAUGUUUUCUGAAUGAUCUCUUUUCUCUGAGGGGUGUUUUUUUUUUUUUUUUUUUUUUUAAACUGUGAGUGUAGGUAUGCAUAUUUUAAACCUCAUCUUUCUUGGCAUACUGUCAUCUGCAGUCUUUUUUCCAUUUAAAGGAUUUUUCUUUCUUUGAUUGUUUCCAUCGUCUUUGCUUGUCGUACGGAAUUCUUAGGAGAUGACUGUUGGGCUGUUUGGAGCUGUCUGUCUAGUAUUAUUUUUUCUUACAUGUUUUGUGUUCCUGCCCUUUCUCUAAGUAUUGGGAAAUUUCUGUUUGUCUCCUGGAAUACUAAUUUACUUUUCAAUCAUGCGCAGUCUGGUUUUCAGCCCUUCUGGUAAUAUUUUUCUUCCUUUUUUUUUUUGAGACAGGGUCUCUGUCUCCUGGGCUGGAGUGCAGCGGUGCAGUCAUGGCUCACUGUAGCCAUGACCUCCUGGGCUGAAGCGAUCCUCCCACCUCAGUUUCCUUGGUAGCUGGAACUACAGGUGUGAGCCACCAUGCAUAGCUAAUUUUAUUUUUAUUUUUAUUUAGUUUUAAUUUUUUGUUGCCUAGGCUGUUCUCAAACUCCUGAGCUCAAGCAAUCCACCUAUCUUGGCUUUUCAAAGUCCUGGAAUUACAGGCUUGAGGCACUGUGUCCAGUCGAAAUUUUUAUUUUUAUUUACUUUUAUUUUUUGAGAUGGAGUUUCGCUGUUGUUGCCCAGGCUGGAGUGCAAUGGCACGAUUUCAGCUCACUGCAACCUCUGCCUCCCGAGUUCAUCCUGGGUUCAAGUGUUUCUCCUGCCUCAGCCUCUGGAGUAGCUGGGAUUACAGACACCCACCACCACACCCGGCUGAUUUUUUUGUAUUUUUAGUAGAGACAGAGUUUCAUUAUGUUGGCCAGGCUGAUCUUGAACUCCUGACUUCAGGUGAUCCACCCGCCUCGGCCUCCCAAAGUGCUGGGAUUACAGGUGUGAGCCACCGUGCCCAGUCGGAAAAUUUUAUUUUUAUCAACUGGAUGUUUACUUUUCAGGAAUUUCUAGUGGUUCUCUAAUCUUUUCAUUUUUCAAGGAAGCCUGUUUUGUAGUUGGUUUGUUUUUAAGGAAUAUACCCCUUAAAACCUUUAACAUAGUAAUUGGGGUGUUUGUGUGGAUGUCUGGUUUGAUGUGUUGUUCCUGUUUGUUUCCCUAAAGUCAUAUAAUCUGUAUUUUUCUCUUUCCUGGUACUUGCUUUUUCUCAAAUAACCCAGUGACCCUUGGUUGUCCAGAGAUUUGAAUGGUGGUUUGUAUUGGUUAGUAUAAGUAGCUAUCUUGCAUUUUUUUGCGGUUAAGUUCGCUUACCUACAAGGGUCCUCUCCGGGAUGGAAGAUCUCACUGUGGAUUCGUGUGUCUGUGUGUGUGCUUGUACAUGUGUACACACAUUCAUGUUUGUGUGUGUUUAAUGAAGUGAGUGGAGAAGCACAGGCCACUGCCACAUUUAUCAAGUAAGUGGGUUGUGGGUUGUACUCUGAGGUGGAGUGCUUAAGUUUGUUCCACUCUUAAGUGGAACUGCCAUCUUUCUCUCCUCCCUCCCUUCUCUUUUCUCUUUUUCUCCUCCUCUCCCAUUCUCUCUUUGCCCUCCACUUCUUUCCAUUUUCAGUGUCAUCUGUGGCAUUUCUGCAGACUUUGUGCUGCUUUAUCUUCAGCCUCAAAUCCUGCUCUAGGGUUUCUUCCCAGACUGAAAUGUGCUUUGUGUAACAAAUGUGCUUUGUAUAAUUUGCUUUGUCUGACUGAGAGCAUCUGUUCUACAGAAACAGGAAGUCAGGAGGGACAACCUGGACAAGUCUCCCUGUAAUUACCCUCAUUACUUCAUCACAGCCUUUGUCACUGAGCCUUUGCCACAAUCUUUGUCACUGACAACUACAGUCUAUGUAUUUUGGGUUUCAUUUUUCUCUACUCUGGUUUAUUCAUAGGUAGGGCCCAUCUGUUUUUAGAGAAUGGCCACGUUUUGGUUGAAGUGUUUUCAAAAUUUCCUAAAAUUUGUGGCCAACAUAUGUCAGUCUUGGGAAAUAAGUUCAUCCUCUGCAAACCUUUGAAAGUAAUUUAGGAAGAGGCUUGCAUAUUUAAUUUUACUUAGUAUUAAAUCAUGAUUUUAUUCCAAAGCACAAUUCCCUUUUCACAUUAGUGGCGUUGAAAUAAUCUUCCUUAACCUCUUUCCUGAAAUUCUCCCAACUUCGAUCAUUUUUCCAUUUCUUAAGACGUCUUUCAUAGUUAAAUUUUAAUUGUAUACUUGAAGCUUAAGGUAAUCCAUGGCAUUUGGGGAUUUAGAGAUGAGUAAUCAAUUAAAAUAAUUGAAAGAUUGUGUUGAACCCAGCUCUUUUCUUUUUUAGAGACAGGUUCUCACUCUCUCACCCAGGCUGGAAGUGCGGUGGUGUGAUCGCAGCUCACUGCAGCCUUGACCUCCCGGGCUCAAGCCCACCUCAGCCACUGCCCAUGUCCCCCUGAGCACCAUGACACCCAGCUAAUUUGUGUGUGUGUGUGUGUGUGUGUGUGUGUGUGUGUGUAGAGAAAUACAAAUGCCUCCCAAAGUGCUGGGAUUAUAGGCGUGUGCCAACGCUGCUGGCCCAGCAUUUUUCCUGUAGAUUUUUUGUCCGCCUAGAAAUGAGUUAACAUUCUUUAACAGUAGAGAAAAUGUAGACGGAACCGUCAGACAUUCACAUCACAAGUAAAAAGGAAGUGAUUGGUAUCAUCUUCUCAGUGUUGGAGGUGGCAUUGUAGUCUAGUGGAAUCAAUAGUUACAUUAAAAGUAUUGCCUUAAGUACUCAGGACUUAAAUGCUAAGUUUUUCUUAGUAGUAUCUGUCUGUCUUAAAAAAACAUAAUCAACAUAGUGAAUGUAAUGGUGGUCUCUCAUUUUGGGUUUUCUAGUUCUGCGAGGUAAAUGGCAUUACAUCAAGUGCAUUACUUGGGGUGAAUGUUCAUAAUCAGAAUUCAGUGUUGUUUUUUCUGGGGUCAUUUGAAAACUGAAAUUUAGCAGUCUUACAAAAGUUGCACUUUGGGAACACGCUCUCACAUCGAGCCAUUUUCUGCUUUCCCAUACUCUGUUCAUAGUAGUAACAGCUCUUGCUGGAUAACUAAGUCUAUAAGGAAAUAGCUGCCCCCAUGGUGAACUUUUUCAGGGCGGAGAUUGGAUCACAAUGAAAGCUUUUAUUCAUUGAAUGUUCAAAAUAUAUGCUAGGCGUGAUGCUAAGUGCUUCAUGUAUUUAAUUCCUGAAACAACCCAAUAAUUGGGUAAUAAUCUCCAUUUUGUACAUGUAAAUAUUAAGGCUAGGCAAGGGUUAAGUAGAUUACUUAAGGACGUAACUAGUAAGUGACAUCUGAGAUUUAAACACAUCCAGUUUACUGGAAAUUUUUUACUAUUAGCCAUUAUGUAGCAUAUGAGCACUGAACCUAUUUGAAUUACAUUUAACAUACCCUUUUCUUGAUUCCAAAUGUAACUGAUUUGACACUGUACUUCUGCUUUUAUUGGACAAAGCUGCUUUCAUCUCUUGGUUAUUCUCUUCUUACGGGGGGGAUGUCAUAGUCGACUAUAAGUGGAAAUGAGAAUUUUCAUGAUUUACUCUUGGUCCUGGCUCAGAGAAGAAAGUGGAAUAAACCCUUAAUCUAUUUUCCUGAAGAACUUAUUUUUGGAUGUUAAACAAUGUGUAUAUAGGUCUAUUUUUUGCUCUCUCAUCAUUUCCUCAUUCAUUCAAUAAAGAAAAAGAACAUGGCAGAUUUUAAACACCUUCACAAAUAGAUACUGGUAUUGUUUAUAAUAUGUUAAAUUUAAUUUGAACUGGUUUGGAUUUUCCUACUAAGUGUUCCUUGGUUUUCACAUCUGUGGAAUGGUAAGACCUUUUUUCUGAGAUCUGUGGGCAAACAUUUUUAAGGUUCUUGUGUGUCUUUUAUUUCAUGUUUACAUGUAUAACGGGACUGGUUGGAUAUUGAAUGCUAGAUUCAAAACUUUUCCCCCUAUUUCAGCACUUUCAAGAUUUGGUUCCAUUCUCCUCCUCCUCUUCAUUUUAAUCAAGAAAAUUAUUUACAGAGUGACUGCUUGCGGAGCAGGACUAACCCAUAGGCAGUGUGCCCUGAGUAGCCCCACUCUCUUCUUGCAGCUAGUGUGUUGACGAGAAGUUGUAUAGUAUAUUGCAGAAUGUCCCUCGGUUGGGAUUUAUCUACUAUUUCUCUCAUGAUUAGACAGGGGAUUGUCGGUUUUUGAGAGGAAGAUCACACAGGUAAAGUGCCAUUUUCAUCAUACCAUGUCAUGGGUGUAUACUAUCAGUAUGACUUGAUGUUGAUCUUGAUCAUCUGCUUGAGGUAGAGUUUGUCAAGUUUCUUCAACAACAGCUACUCUUAUUUCCCAUUUUUCAUACUGUACUCUUUGGAAUGAAGUCAUAUAAUAUUAAUAUAUAGCCCUCACUUAAGGAGUGGAGCAUUACACCUCACCUCUUUUCAGGUGGAGUAACUGUGUAAAUUAUAUGGAUUUCUUAGGCAUGGGAGACUUUACUCUUCUCCACUUAUUUAUUCAGUUAUUUGCUUAUAUCAGUAUGGACUAAAUGGUUAUUUUAUGGGAAUAUGUUUUUAAUAUGGUGGAAAUUAAUAAUAUAACCAGCUCCCAGUUGAAGUUUUCUCAGAUUACAUUUUUCUUUGAAACAGAAAUGGAGAUGUUUGUUAAGAUCCAGUUGGAGCAUGUGUUAUCUCAGAUUACUCAUUAAUAGAAAAAAAUCUCAGUCAUAUCUGGAAAUUAUGCAAUCUGCCAGGGCUCAUGUGAUAGAUACCUGCCUCCACAGUAUUUAAGAGUUCAUGCACUCUUCUUGUUUUGAUAGAUAUAUGUUUUCAUCACUGCCGUUGUUACUUCCCUUUCUCUCAAGAGGUGAAUAGCAGUAGGUGGACAAAGUUUAGGGAGCCACAUUUACCAACUUCUGUGAAUAUACCCAAGAAGAUUCUGGCAAAACACAGAUUCAAAUUACAGUUGAUGCUGUGGAUGGCUAUGGGUUAACUACUCUUCUACUUUGACAUGGAUUAUUUGUUGCUUUUAUGUUUCUAAAUUCUCAAUUAAAAAGAAAUGUAUCCUUAAUCUGGCCAACUGAAAGUGAACUUGUUCACCUCUUUACCUUGCUUUCAAAAGGACUGCUUACUAUGGAAGUGCUCCAGAAGAAUCAUUUAAAACAACUUUGUUUUCCAUCUUGGUUCUGCGUUUUCUUCCUUACUAGGGGCUUCAGUCAUGGCUUCUCUUUAUUCUUGGCCUGGGUUGUCUGCUGGCACUAACACAUCUAUUAUUAAUGUAGUAUAGGUACUGGCCUUUCUAAUAGUCUUGGUAUUUAGUGCCAGACUCCCAUCAGUCUUUUGAAUGUCUUUUCUUUUUCUUUUUGCACUUUUCUAGUUUUUCAAGUGAUGACUAUAUGCUGCUUUUCUUGACUGUAUAUAUUGUUACUGAAUUAUGAAUAUCUGCAGAAAUGUUUACUAGAGAACCUAUGACUGUUGAAUAACAUGUGCCCGAACAUACACACACACAUAUGUACUACACACACCCCAGAGUACUCUUUCUUACAGUGGACUUUGCUGCUGCUUUCUGCAUGUGUGGGACACUGGUAUCUCCCGUCUCAGACAAAUGGCUGAUGUUCUCUAUGAUAUUGGUGUUAACAUCAAAGAAUUGAACGAAUACAACAGAAAUGAGGUUGAAAAAUAUUUGGUUGCUACAUUCCUUUAAGCAUCUUUGAUGAAUACUCUGCAAAGUAGCCUUUAAAAAAAUGUAAAUUAAAAAAAAAGUCCACAGAGGAGAAUUUGCUGGUUAGCACAAAACACACUGCAAAAUUGCUUCUUUCUGGUUAUUAUAACUGAAGAAUAUAGAAGAUUGACACACAUUUUAUACACCCUCAGGCAGUGUUUUGGAAAAAUAUUGUACCUUUUCAAAUUGUUAUCAAUUAACUGUUUUUCUCCAUUUCAUAAUUCUCAAGAUUUUUCUAAAUACAGCCUUUAAACUUGACUCAAAUGGAAAUUGUGCACUUUCCUGUUUAUACCCUUCCCCACAUUAUUGUAAAAGAGUUUAACAGCAGCCUGAUAUGUAAGUUUCAGCAAAACUUAUACCUGUAUAUGUUUUUAUUUGACUCAAAAAUUAGAUAUUUUACCAUAUAGUCAUAAGAAUUUGCUCACUUUGAUGCCAGAAGUACUUAAGAAGUUACACGGCACUAAUCUUAUGAGUUGUAUGCCUAAUUUCAAUUUCUAACCUACUUGACAGUUUCUUUUAGGUCAGCCUUUGUUGGUCUUCCAUGUAAAUACAAGUUGGUACAAAUCAAUAGAAACCAUUUUACCUACAUAGGCAAAGUAAAUGUGUGACUUAAAUAGAGACUGCCAGAUUUAUGGUGCAUCUACCUUUUUAUCCAUUUGAGCUUGCUGUUUUAUGUUUGUGUAUUGGUUGCUCCUGACACUAUACAUUUCAAAAUUUUUUAUAACUUGAAAAACACUUCUGUGCUACCACUCAGUUCUGAUCAAAUCCUUACAUUUUGCCACACUCAUUUCUGAAUUUUCAGUAAAGAAAUACACAUUACAAAUUAAAGGUUAAAGGCCCCUUUACAUGCCCUUCCCUAGUCUCCUCUUCAUACCCUGGAAGUAUCCAUUCUGCUGAAUUCAGGUUCAUCAUUGCCAGACAAACGUAGUAAGCUAGUGUUUCACAUUUCCAAAAUCAGCCUUCUGGCAGACUUGGAAGUACUCUUGAGAAAAGAAGACUCGUGACCAAAUUCUCCCACAGAUUUGUAAUAAUGUACAUAUUGAAAGGACUGAAGGCUCUCAGACUGGGAAAGAAACUUACCCAUUUUAAAAUUCAGCAUUGCUCAACUUAUCUGACUGCCGAACCCCUUCACCCAUGAUUCUAUGCACUGUAUUGUUGGAACAUACAUUGUGAAAACACUGCCCUGCCUAGGCAUACCCCCUUUCCAGAAUUAACUUUCCACUUAAUUCUGUAGUUUUUCACUGAUGUGACUUUCUAGAUUGGACAACAAAGAUGACUAAUAGUAAUCACUCCAAGUUGAUGUUGACUGUUGGGUUGUGGUGAAAUCAUUUUGCAUUAAAGGAAGGUAAAAUGCUAAUAAAUUGCAUAUUCCUUGACCAGAGCACAGAUUACUUAUGCUUCUUAAUUUUUUAAAAUCUUAAAUCCUCUGUCCAACUGGAGUCUCUGGCUAUGGGCCAUGGGUACUCAUAUACCCUUUGUCUUAAACUGAUCUGUUACAUUUUAUGUUCUUGUGGCUAGAAGUAGCCUGAGUUUGCUGUUAAUGUUUAACACAUUUUCUUGAGUAACAGUUCUGUUAAUAUUGUACAAGAUGGUACUUGAAUUCUUUGUUUGCCUUUUUUCUUCCUGUAUUAGAAAAUCUUGGUGCUUUUUAUAAGUUUUGUAUAAAAUAAUUUUUUCUUAAGAUUUGUUCAUAAAAUGGCCUGAUCCGGGAAAAAUAAAAUGGGAACAUGGACACCAUUUCUGACCUUCAAAUAAAACUUAUUAUGUAUUGGUUUUCAGACUGUUCACCGAGCUUUGGGAUCCUAUGGACUGUCUCAAGACAGGUUAUUUAGGGGCUUGGGGUAACAGGUUCCUUAGGAUCUGAUGAGGUGGAGGAGGGGUUAUCAGGUGGAGGAGGGGUGAGGGCCUGAGAAAAAUGCACAGGGCACAGAGUUUACAUCCAGUUUCACAGAAGCCAGGGAACCUCCUCCUUUAAGGGAAUGGUCAAAAAGCAGACCUUCUGCCCUUACUGGUUCUAGCCUUCACUGCACUACACUUUACGGUUCUGGGACAGGGAAUAAUGAAGAAGAAGUCUUCACUAUCUACAAAGCAAGUCUAGAAUGUCUAUUCACCAAAUAUCUAAUGCCUAAUCCAUUUAUCAUGUUAUUCUUAGAAUUUUAAGGUUUAUUAAGGAGUCCCUGCAUUUUAUUUCUAGAAUCUCCUUUUUAACAUAUUAGGCAUUUUUUCAUUAGGAAAAUUAUCUUGUUUGCAUUCUGCACUUUGCUAUUUCAAGCGUGGUUACAUAGCAUAUUUUAAAAGGGAGAGAGAGUUUUCUGUUUUUAUUUUGUGGAGAAAGGUCUUUAAAAGUGCCUUCGUGUUUUUUUAAAGCUUAAUUUCAGUCUUGAUCCAGAAGACUUUUAUUCUAAGUAUUAACUUUCUUAAAAAGCUGUUGUUCUAGCACUAUGUAACCCUACAAAUACUCCCCAAUAUUCAGGCCUUGUUUUGUUUGGUGACCACAUAUUUGAGAGGUUGAGCACCAAUAAUAGGAGCUCAAUAAAUGUUGGCAUCAUGCACAUUUAUUUUGAAUUAAGAGUGGAAGUGGAAGAGUACAUAAAUGAAUAUGUGAAAGAACGAGUAGAAUAAGUGAAAUCGUUUACUUCCUGUUUGCUGUACAUUGUAAUGCUAUUAAUGGUCGCUUUCUGCAAAUAAUUAUUACAAAGUAGUAAGUCAAACAUUUCUGGCAUAUUAGACACAGGUUAAUCUACAAAGCAGCGUCACCUGUCUCCAGGAGAUGCUAAUUCUGUCACUGGUCAUUUAGCUAGGAUCCUGAAGGAACGUUUAGCUGGAUAGCUAGCUAAGGAAUGAUGCAAACUCAGUGGUCUCAAUGCUUAAUAUCUAAAAAUAACUCAGUAUGAUUAAUUUGGAAUUUCUUUUGGUGGAGUUAGGUUAUGGUUGUCACAUUCCUUCAUUCUGAACAAGACUCUGGUCUUCAGAAUCAAUAUGUUUACUUAUUAAAUCGUCAAAAGAAUUAUGUAUUUAUCCCAAAUUAUUUUCUUGUAUAGUUCUGAGAGGUGGAAAGGAGUACAGAAGUUAUCAUAUACAAGCUCUUCAGUUACAGUCGAGAAAGUGAAAGUUGAUUUGUAAUUGGAACAGAAGGGACUAUCCACUUCAUCUGGAUGUUAUAUUUAGUGAGAUGAAGACAGGAUUGGAUGAGGAGGAAGAAAAUCCAGGCCCCCUCCCACCACUGCCCUAACCCUUUCAGGCUUCUGUGUUCUCAUCUGCAGAGUUAGAGGGCUGGAUAGUUCUGCAGGUCUUCUCAAGCUCUGGUAUCAUUGAAAGAUAAUUUUUUGUUGUUGCUGUUCAUUGUACAACUGAGAUAAAUAUAAGAUUGUGGAAAUUUGAAGGGACACUUUCUUUAAGGCCAGUUAUUGUCCAAUAGGGUUUUUUUUUUUUAAAUUUUUUUGUGAUGACGGAAGUACUCUAUAUCUCUCCUGUCUGAUAUUCUUAGCCACUAGUCACAUGUGACUAUUAAGCACUUGAAAUGUCACUAAUAUGACUGAGAAACUAAAAUUUAACUCUAAAACAAAUUUAAACAGCCACGUAAGGCUAAUAGGUGCCAUAUGUGACAGUGCAGGUUAAAUUCUUAAGUAUUUGUGUUCAGAGGGAAUUCCACACAGAUUUAUAAUGGUCUUUUUCUUUAUAUAGUGAUCUACAACUGGAAUGUCUUAAUUUUAGAAUUUUCCAAUUGUACCUCCAAGUCCAAGUCGUACUGCCGAAUCUUUCAUGUGCCCAUAUCACUGGCUUCUUUAAGCUCUGCCAUCCUACUGAGGAUUCUGCAUGUCCACCACAGUCUACAUAUAGACUCCUGUCAGUCCCCUGCAGGGCCACACUUUGUGCCUAUAGUGGACUUUGUAGUGUCUGGAGCAGAUUUGGUGCUGUUCAGGAUUUUAUCUUCCUUUUUUUUGUUGUCAGGGGCUUGAUUCUGAGAAGUUUAAUUACUUGAAAAAAUGCCUGGUCUUUCAUCAGGAAGAAAUUUUCAGUACUAAAAUCUUUAGCCUUUAGGGAGAUGUUUUUAGUACUAUAACGUCUAGUCACCAGGCUACAAAAACUCUCGUUACCUGGGUGAAUUUUCCAUUAAGUCUGUAUUAAUUCUUUCAGUAUUACAAACACUACAUUCUUGGAAUUUUCACAUUUGGGGAAUCACAAAGAGCCUGGAAUGAUUGUAUCAUGAAAUUCUGUACCUCAGAAAUGAAAUGAUCAAAUUUAGUAGAGAGGUAUUCUUUAGGCUUAAUGUUUGAAAUUAAUAAACCAUGUGUUUGGUACUUAAUCUUUUUUUCUAUGAAAUAAUAAUUUAGAUAAGAUUAAGUUUUUAUGUACGGUUUGCCUCUUCACAAAACCCACAAUAUCUUGAAACUUAAUGCACCCAUACCAUGUCUGAGAGCUAUCAGUGAAAAGCUGCAUCCCUGCUGAGUAUCUGAGGCACAUCUUCCUGGGACCACAGGCACUGGUUUGUUCUACUGGCAAAUGAAAGCAUUAAUUGGUAUCAGCCAUUCACUUGAGUUUUGAAUAGAGGGACACCAAAAGUAGUUGCCAUUAAACAAAGUAAUAAAAGCACAUGUUAAGAAGUGUUUGACCAGCCUGUGCAACAUAGGGAGACUCCAUCUCUACAAAAAAUAAAAAAAUUAGCCGGAUAUGAUGGUGCACGCCUGUAGUCCCAGCUACUGGGGAGGCUGAGGUAGGAGGAUUAUUUGAGCACAGGAGACAGAGGCUGCAAUCAGUUCACUGCAGCCUCCGCCUCCUGUGCUCAACUUCCCACUCCACUCUAGCCUGGGUAAUAGAGUGCGACCCUGUCUCAAAAAAAAAAAAAAAAAAAAAAAAAGUUCAAGAGUAUAGAAGGAUAAAUGCCCCUCUUAUUCCCAUACCAUUUCUUCUCCCUAAAAAACGGUUACUAGCUUAAGUAUUAUUUUAUACAAAUGGAUGCUUUUCUACUUACAUUUUUAAAAAGGCAGGCUUAUUGGGGUGUCUGUGUGUGUGUGUGUGUGUGUGUGUGUGUGUGUGUUGUAUGUUGUUUAUAUGUAUUUUGUUUUAUUUUUGAGACAAGCUCUCCAUCACCCAGGCUGGAAUGUAAUGGCAAAAUCACAACUCACUGCAGCCUUGACCUCCCAGGCUCAAGCAGUCCUCCCACAUCAGCCUCCUGAGAAGCUGGGAGCAUGGGUGUGCACCACCAUAUUUGGCUAAUUUUUAAGUUUUUCUUCUAGAGACAGGGUCUCACUAUGUUGCCCAGGCUGGUCUCUACCUCCUGGGCUCAAGGAAUUCUUUGGCCUCAGGCUCCCAAAGUACUGGGAUUACAGGUGUGAGCCACAGUGCCUGGCCCUGCGGUAUAAUUUAAAUAAGGUUAAAUUUACCCUUUUUAGGUCUACAGUCCUAUAAAAUUUGACAAAUAAAUACAUUAUAAUCUAGAUACAGAACAUUUCCAAAACCCCGAAAAAGGUCCUUAUUUGUGCCUCAGUUUUAUGAGCUGGAUUGUAUUCAAUUAUAUGUCUUUACCUUAAUUUUCUUAAGUAACCUCUCAUUGAUUCAUGUUUAGGUUAUUUCCAGUUUUGGCAAUUCAAACAAGGUGCAGUAAAUAUCUUUGUACAUAAAUCUUGGUGUGCUUUUGCAGUCAUAGGGUAAAUUCCUAGUAGAGGAUUGAUAGAAUCAAUGGUUAUAUGCCUUAAAGAUUGUGAUAGAUAAUGGCCAUAUGGCCUCGCCCAAAAGUUGUCCUAAUUUACUUCCCAACCAAUUACAAGUGAGAGUGCCUAUGACUCUCUCUUGUUAACAUUGAGUGCCAGCAAAUUUAAUUUUUGCUUUUCUGUUUUUUUUUUUUUUUUUUGAGGCAGGGUCUUGCUCUGUUGCCCAGGCUGGAGUGCAGUGGCGUGAUCUUGGCUCACUGCAACCUCCGCCUCCCUGGGCUCAGGCGAUCCUCCACCUUUGCCUCCUGAGCAACUGGGACUACAGGCAUGCAUCACCAUGCCCAGCUAAUUUUUGUAUUUUUUGUAAAAAUGGCAUCUCACUAUGUUUCCCAGGCUGGUCUCAAACUUCUGGAUUCAAGCAAUCCACCCAUCUUGGCCUCCCAAAGUGCUGGGAUUACAGGUAGGUGCCACCGUGCCUGAUCAAUUUUUGUUAAUUUGAUGGGAAAAUAUUACCUAGCAAAGUAACUUGCAUUCAGUGGUGUUUUUUUUUUCCUUCAUAUUAAAAACAUACCUAAACAAACAAAAAACAAAAAAAAAUCAAGAGUUCACACGCACACAAAAUAUAAUCCAUGUUGUUUAUUCUUAAAACCACAAUAUUAUACUAGAGGAAAUGCGGAUAGAAGUUCAUCUUUGUUUCCAUUAUUCUCAAUGUGAUUUUCAUUUUCUGCCUAUCUGUAUCUGCAUUUUGGUAACCAUACCAAAAUGUACACACAUAUGUUAGGAUGAUUAUAAAAAUGUGUAUGUAUAUGUAUAGUUUGUAUGUGUGUUUUGCUUGCUUUUUGGUUCACAUUAUUUCAUGAGCUUUUUUUGUUUCAAAAAUCUUCAUUUUAAUAGUUUUUGGCUGUGGCAAAGUUUGUUUAAUAAUUCCACUUCUAAAAUGUUUCCAUUUUUUUGCUAUUAUUAAUAAGAUUUCAAGUGCCAUCUUUUACAUAUCAAAGGUGUUUUUUAAUCCACUUAAAUUAUUAGGAUGAAUUUCUUCUGAUCUUAUUCCCCUGGACCUAAAUAUAUCAACAUUGACAUGUGAGGGCAGAAUUUUAUCAUUUGAAAAAUUUUUUUCACUUCAGUGAAAAUUCCUUCCUGAAGAAGGAAGCAAUUGCAUAUCAAUUUUCUUCUAUUCCAGCUUAAUCUAUUUAUUUUUCUCUUUUACAUUAAAACAUUCUUUUAAUGAUAAAUGCUGCCUGUAAAUAUUUCCCUCCCACUUUCCAGAGGUAAUCCACUGUUAUCUAGUAAGUUUAGUAAAUUUUUUUAAAUUGAAUUUUCUCAAUAGGUCAUUAAUGUGUUUCAAAGUUGAAAAAUUGCAAAGCAAUGUGUCGUGAAAAGUCUCCUUCUUACCCUUGUGUCCCAAGCUACCUAGUUCUUGGAGCCAGUUGAUGUUACCAGAUUCUUUUGUAUUCUUUCAGACACACAUGGUAUGCAUUUUUGAGCAAAGGGGUGUGGGUGUGUGUCCCUCUGUUUUUAAGUUAUAAAUGUUAGCAUGCUACACAUACUUUUUUCAUGUAUUUUCUUAAGUAACUUUAUUUCAUUUAUUUGUAUUUAGUUUUGAAAAAUUAGAUACUACAUGCAUGUGGUUCAAAAGUAAAAUGGUGUAAAGGCUAAAAAAUGAAUAGUCGGCCGGGUGCGGUGGCUUACGCCUGUAAUCCCAACACUUCGGAAGGCCGAGGUGGGUGGACCACGAGGCCAGGAGAUUGAGACCAUCGUGGCUAACACGGUGAAACCCUGUCUCUACCAAAAAUACAAACAAUUAGCCGGGCGUGGUGGUGCCUGUAGUCCCAGCUACUUGGGAGGCUGAGGCAGGAGAAUCGCUUGAACCCGGGAGGCAAAGGUUGGUUGCAGUGAGCCGAGAUGGCGCCACUGCACUCCAGCCUGGGCGACAGAGAGAGACUCCAUCUCAAAAAAAAAAAAAGAAAAAAAAGAAUAGUCUCUCCCUGUUCCAAUUCACUGUCUGCUAGGUACCAUCCUUCACUGAGUCUUUAUGUAUAGAGAAGCAAAUAGGAAGUGACACAGUUUUGUUUUUUCUGCUCUUGUAACUCUUACACUAACCUUUUUGUAUCUAAGAAAGCAGUAUCACAUAGUCCUUAAGAGGAGAGGCCCUGGGGCCAGCUCCCUGCAUUCCAGAUCUCUGCUCUGCCCCAUAUCAUCAGUGUGGUCCCAAGCAAGUUCUUUAAUCUGUCUGCACUUUACAGUCUUCAGAUGUAAAAUGAGUCGCUACACAUACUUCGCUUAGAAUAACGCUAUACAUAAGUAUAUGUGCUUGCUAGUAUUCAUUUUAUUAAGAACGGCGAUGAAUAAAAUUAUAUCCAAGAAUCAGGACCAAUCAGUUUAAUUUAUAUUUGUGAUGUGUAUGGAUAUGGGUAAAUUCAUGAGAUUCCUCACUUGCUUGAAUUUUACUUUAAUAAAUAUUAGAGAACAUUAGAAAACAAAAUUAAAGCAGCUGAAAUUUA